AUGUCACCUACGGCCCCCUUAGUCUCAGCUCAGCCAAAAACUUUAAUGCAAAGGAAAAGUCUGGAUUGGUUCCACAGGCCUUUUAAAAAGCGGACUUAA